CAUUUUAUAUUUUAUUUGAACAAAUAGAUGUGAGAAUAUAUAUAUGCUUACCAAAAACAGAAACAUGUAUUAAAUAAUACAAGAAAGAUUGGGAUAAUGACCUUAUAAAAGGCCAUGGAAGCAACACAGAAGCAAUCACCCAACUUGACAUUUCCAUUCCAAGCCUCUAAACUCAGGCAUACACACCACAAAAGGGUCAAUGGCUCUCACCACCUUCUCCCUCUCUCUCUGUAUGUUACUCUUGUCACUUGUGGUUAUGGUUUCUGCAAGUGGUUAUGGGUAUGCCCCAAAAGCUGAGCUUCAAAAACCUAAGAAGCAAGUAGAGCUACUCCCCUCCAUAGCAGGCAUUCAAGGGCUUAUUUAUUGUAAAUCUGGUCCUAAACUAGUUCCACUUGAAGGAGCUUUGGCAAGAAUCACAUGUCUAGCUGUUGACAAGAAUGGGUAUGAAUCGGCUCCUUUCUCUGUUUUGAGUCAACCAACCGACGCCAAGGGGUACUUCUUUGCCACGGUGGCUCCUUAUGAGCUUGAAGAUGCAUUGAAGAUUACAGAGUGCAAGGCAUUCCUCGAAAAAUCUCCAUUGGAGACUUGUAAAGUUCCAACUGAUGUCAACAAAGGGAUUAGCGGUGCUACUCUCACUUCUUACCAUUUCCUCGCGGACAAGAACAUCAAAUUAUACUCUGUUGGGCCUUUCUUUUAUACUCCACAAACAAAACCAGUCUCUAAGGGUUAUUAGAUUGUUGAGAUCAAUCACAACAUUUGAUCAAACACCAAACCAAUUUUUUUUUUUUUUUUUUUUUGAAACCUGCAUUUGGAGAUUUCUGAUGAGUUUUUGUUCUAUGUACCAAUAAGUUUUGAGGGCAUAUGCAGUGUAGCCCUCUUGUUAUGAUAUGUAAUUCUUUGAUUUUUAAACUUGAAGUUCUUAAAAAGACACUCUGAGAUCAUUUGAUUUAUAAGUAUUCUUCUAGGUUUUUGAGAUGAAAAAGAAUUAUUUUUAUAUGUUGUAUGUUGAAGUAAAUGUAUACUUGGAAAACUA